UAAUAAUAAUAAUAAAUAAUGAAUAAUGAAUAAUAAUAAUAAUAAUAAUAAUAAUAAUAAUAAUAAUAAUAAUAAUAAUAAUAAUAAUAAUAAUAAUAAUAAAUAAUGAAUAAUAAUAAUCGAUAAUUCAAGGACGCCAUGUCUCCCUCGGUACUUUAACAUAUUAUGAUUCCGCAUCUCCGUUUGUACGCAUUUUAACAAAAAAAGAAUUAAAAAAAAAAUACGAAGAGGAGGACGAUAGAGGGGAAGGAUAAAUUACUACAGGAUAUAUUUAAAGAAAUUGUAUAAAUACAAAAAAAAAAGAUACUAUAACUUUUAACGGUACUAGCUCAGACAAACAUCCUGCCGAGUUGCCCCGGGUUACGCUAAGAGCCACCUGGCCCACAUUCAAAUCUCCUUACGUUUUAAGCAUUAAAAAGGGAAGAAAAUGCGCCCACAGCCUUAGUCAGUGGAACAUGAUGAUACCGGAAGAACAGAAGAAGAUAAACAAGCAGGAAAGAAAGAAAGGAUAAGAUAAGAUAAGAUAAGAUAAAGAGAAAGAAAUUAUUCAAAUGCACCAAUACGCUUAUCAACGUAAAAACGUGUGCAAGGGAAGAACUUUAUUCAUACACAUGCACAUACACAGCCUUUGUUCACAUGCAAGAAAGAAAAGAAAAUAUAUUACUGAGAGAUCGAGAGAGAGAGAGAGAGAGAGAGAGAGAGAGAGAGAGAAUGGCAAAUAAAAAAGAAGAAAAAAGAAUAUUCGCAUCUAUUGGAAAAGUGAUUAGAAAGAAAAAAGAAAAAAUAAGAUAAAAAGUGUUCAGAAUAAAAACAAUUUUAACGAGAUCAAAUGUGUGUGCUAUUAUGUACACAUAAAUGCAUUUAACUUGCACGCGUAUUUGCGUGCUGUACGAGGCAAGUAAAACAAAAUUUCUUUACUCUCUGUUGGACGAGUGCGAGCAUUUUAUAACGAAAAAAAAAGAAAAAAAUAAAUAAAUAAAUAAAUAAAAGAAAAAAAAAAAGAAAAAAAACUCAAGGAACAUUACAUUCGCUUUUCAAGUUUUAUAAGCGACGCAUUUCUGUCAUCGCAUUGGCAGCAAGCAAACAGGCAAACAAGCAAGCAAACAAGCAAGCGAGCGAGCGAACAAGCAAAUAGACGCGAUUAAAAAAUGAAUAAUAGACAAAAAAAUAAAAAAAAUAAAUACACAUAUACACAUAUACACACAAACACACAGAUAUAUAUCGGUGCAAUCAUUUGUCGGUAUCAGCAUGCGACGAAGGAUUGAAAAAAUAAUACAAACCGUAAUAACCGUGGUAUAACACACAAAACGAAACCCUUUCAAGAAUCAGACUAAGAAAACUUUAUUCGUGGGUCGAAUCUAACAAGCUUUCUUGGCUAUUAAUGCGCAGCACAAAUUUCGCGGUAUGCCGAUUAAUAAUCAUGACAGUAUAAGGAAAUGUUUUAUUAUGAAUGCAAAAGGACGAAUUAUCGAUUUCCUCAUUUUAUCGAAAGAAAAAAGAGAGAAGUUAAGGAAAAAGAAAAUUAAACCGAAAAAAAAAUAUAUACAUAUAUAUAUAUAUAUAUAUAUAUAUAUAUAUAUAUAUAUAUAUAUAUAAAACUAAAGACAACCAAAAAAAGAAAAAAAAAAAAGAAAAAAAAAGAAAAAAAGAUAAGAACUUUGCAUACAUUUGUAUAAAAUAAAAUACUUAACGAUGAAGAAUAUUUGUGAAUAAUGUACGCGUUUAAAAGAUGUUUAUAUAUUAUUACCCGCCGUUUUGUACUAGCGUGGCCGCUUCUCGCAGAGUUCAUUUUUCUCUUUCUUCUUUUUUUCCUUUUCUCGUAUUAAUUAAUUAAAAGAAGAAGAAGAAGAAGAAAACAAAAAGACAGGAGGAGCAAGGAUAAAAAAAAUAUUAAGAUACAUACACACAGAGAGACAUACACGAAAGAAAGGAAGAAUGAAAGAAAAGAAAAAAAAAAAAAAAAGAACAAAAGAAAAAAAAUAAAACGACAAAAAAAAAAAAGAAGAGAUAAGAGAUAAGAAAUUACCUCGAAUAUCGAUCUCAUUACGAUUCUCGAUUUUAUCUCGCGUUAUUUUAUAUCGAUGUUUCCGAAAUGAAGUUUUUCUAAGUUUCGAUUUUUUACAUAUGCAUUAUAAUUAUAUUGAUACACAAAACAGAUGCAUUAACACUAACAUAUAUAAACACAUAUUUUAUGCACCGUCGCAUUGUAACGAACCGUCGUCACACUGCCAUUUUCCAUUCGACCGUUUUAUAAUGUCACUUUUAUUUCAUGGACGUGUAUACACGUGCAUACAUUUCGCUCUUUCGAGAUGAAUCGUACCGAAAUGAUUCUAACUUACUUUCCCUGUGGCUGUUUAACCGUCCACCUUGAUAUAUAUAUAUAUAUACAUAUAUACAUAUAUAUAUAUAUAUAUAUAUAUAUAUAUAUACAUUUACAUACAUAUACAUAAAUACAUAAAUACAACACAUACAUUACAUACAUUCUGUAGCUGCUCGCGCAUAGAGACUCAACUUUUUUCAAUUUACUCGUUCACAGUCUUUCCUGCUGACAGUUUAAAACAAAGAAAAAAAGAUAAAAAAGAAGAAAAAAAGAAAAAAGGAAGAAAGAAAGAGUAAUAAGAGAAGAGAGAGAGAGAGAGAGAGAGAGAGAGAGAGAGAGAGAGAGAGAGAGAGAGAGAGAGACUAAAAGAUGCUUGAGUUUAAAUCCUCGACAAACUCUAUAAUUAAAAUGAUAAAACGCGCAAGAUUUACUUGACAAAUGAUUCAUCGGGAUGCUUCAUCUUUUUGUUAGAUUUGUUGAAAUUGUAACGUUUGAAAAUAUGAUAGAAACGGGAUUACAAGAUUGUAAUAAGAACGCAUUGAGAUCUGUAAUGAAUAUCGAAUGAAAUGAGAAAAAAGUGGGAAUUGAAAGGGGAAAGGAAGAAUUAAGCGAAAAGGAGUUAAUAAAUAAAUUAAUAAAUAAAUAGAAAAUAGAGAGAGAGAGAGAGAGAGAGAGAGAGAGAGAAGAAGAGAGAAAAGCAAUGAAUCGAAAAUUCCGUUCGUAAGCCGGGUACCAAGGCACUCAGGGCAACGAAUAAUAUCGAUUAACUUACUUGUACGAUGACCUAGGCUAUUUACGUUGUCAUAUAUAUAUAUAUAUAUAUAUAUAUAUAUAUAUAUAUAUAUAUAUAUAUAUGUACGGAAAAGUAAAUAAAUUGCAACAAAAUGUAAUUUAACAAAAUAAUGACGGAGAAAUGUUUACGAAGUAGCGUGUAUUCCGGACGUAUCUCUAAAUAAAAUUCGUCGAAAGAAUUAAAAUACGAGAUCUUGUUGACGAAAUGUGGAUAAAAUUGAAAUUUCUUGGGUUGUUGCAAAAAUAUUAAUUGCUUUAUAAAAAAUAUUUUUUCUCUUUAUUUUUAUUUUUAUUUUUAUUUUUAUUUUUAUUUUUUAUUUUUUUUUUUUUUUAGAGUGAACGAACGGAGAAGCCGAUCUUUUCGAUUAAAUCACAAAGUAUAUUUGACGAAUAUCAAACGAAAAUCAUGCGUCUUCGAAAAUUCGUUCGUAGGAAAUAUUGAAAAGAUAUACUAUAUAAAAAUAGACAGACAGAUAAUAGAAAAAGGAAAAUAAAAUCAAAUAUAUUUCUAAUAAAAUCCCUUUCAAAAAAAUUUCUUCUCUUUAAUUCGACGGCUUUCAAGUUCGGUUGCUCUUUGUCUUAACUGUUAACUCGAGAAUAACUUUCGGGCACGAGAUCACGUAUAUAGAUUAGUGUCAUCGUAAUCGUAUUAAAGAAAUAAUAAAGAAAUAAAGAUAAAAAAAAAGAAAAAAAAAAAAAGAAGGAGGCGAAAACUUAACAUAGCCAAAUUGGAAUCCAGUUUCAAUUCAGAGUAAAAAAAAAAAAAAAAAGAAAAAACUAAACUUUGAAACUAAAACCUCGAAAUAUGAAAGAAGAGAUAAUGAAACAAAGAAAGAAAGAGAAGAAAAAAAAGGGAAAAGAAAAGAUAAGUGGAUUUAGAAAAGUUGUAUGUUGGAAAACGAAGAAUAAAAAAAUGUGGUAUGAAAAGGUCUUAGAAAAGUGUCCAAAGACGAAAGGAUAAAAAGUAUUUCAGGAUAAUAAUAACGUACCAAUUAAGAAAGAGUUAAACGCUUAUUAAUUGAGGAUAGGAAAUGUGAGAAAAAGAAUGGAAAUAUCAAGAGAGAGAGAGAGAGAGAGAGAGAGAGAGAGGACGAAAAAGUAUAAAAAACAGAGCUAGUAAAAUCAAGAGAUAUUUAACUAAUCGUAAUAUUAUCUUAAAUAUUACGAGACACAGAUACACAGAUACAUAAAAGCACAAAACAGCUGUUAGGCUGUAACCCUGUGCGUAAGAAGCACGUGUCAUUUAGAAUUGUUUUGAUUUUUUCUCGAGCUAAACGAAGAAGCAAACGAAAAAUAAUAAACAAGAAAUAAGAAAAUAGUAAAAAGGAAGGAGGAUUGAAAGGUAAAAAAGAAAAAUAGAAAAGAACAAAAAAAAAAUAUAGAAGAAAUUGUAAGGAAAAUUUAGUGUCACAGGAUUCGAGGUAAAGGAUCAAAGUUGGAUGAUGUAAGAGAAUUUCCUACCUAUUUAUCGAUUAAAAAUCCAUUGGUUAGAAAGAGAUUACUACUUAUCGAUUAGCUAAAAUACAUUGUAAGGGCAGGCAUAUAGUACUCAUAUAGUCUAUUUGUUAAUGUUUCAGAUAUUUUAUUAAAUGUUGAUAUAAUGUACUAUGACAUUCCUUGUUUGUGCCGGAAUCCCCGCAUAUUGAUAGUCUUUAAAAAAAAGUGAGCGCUCUCCACCCAUGUCAGCAGAUAUUUAAACGUUUCAAUCGAUCGGUUGGUCAAAUCGUUCAUUAAAAAUCAUUGAUACAUAUAAGUAUAAAUAUAAAUAUAAAAAUAAAUAUAAAUAUAAAUAUAAAUAAAGAUAAAUACAUAUACAUAUAUAUAUAUAUAUAUAUAUAUAUAUAUGUGUAUAUAUAUAUGUAUAUGAAAACGAGUAAAAGAAAUAUAUAUAUAUGUAUACAUAUAUAUAUAUAUACAUAUAUAUGUAUAGAUAUAUAUAUAUAUACAUAAAUAUAUAGGUAAAAAUACAUUUCGAUAGUUCCCUACAUGAUGCCUUCGUACAAUCGAAUCGGCAAUCCGCGCCUCAAUAUAAAGGAAAAAAUGAUGCCGAGAAAAGCGAAGUGAGACGGAGGGAGGGUGACAGUGAUCGGACGAGGAAAAAUGGGGAAAACUGUUAAAAUGGUCUUUGUGGGAAAUAUAACCUACACAUAUAUACAUAUAUUUUGUUACUAAACUCUGCUUUCGCACUUGUCGAGACGAAAAAAAUGGUAAGAACUUGUAAAAUUGUAUUCAUCGAAAGCUUGUCUCCAAUAAUUCGCGUAAAUAUUUUCUAACGCGUUAACCAAAACAUUAAUGGAAAUAAUUCCAAAAGCAUUUCACUGAAUUACAAUAAUUCAUAAAUAUUAACAUACAUAUAUGAGAGUCAAGAGUCAAAAAAUAUUAUUUUUCCUUUUCUGUUUGUUUGUUUGUUUGUUUGUCUGUCUGUCUGUCUGUCUGUCUGUCUGUCUGUCUUGUUUUUUCUCCCUUCUUUCUUUUUCUCCUUUUUCCUUCUUUACUUUUGCGAACGCUUCUGAAAAGAAAUGUGAAAGGAAAUUUCAACAGACGCUGGUGGCAGGUGAUUUAUAAAAUAUACUGUAUACAGAGAAAACGGGUGUAAUACGUAAAGACUGUGAAAAGUUUGGGUGAUAAGGUGAGGGAGAGGUGAAAACGGAAGGAUAUUUUAUUCGAUAUUUAUUAUUAGAUGUGAAUAAUUUCAAAAAAAAACAUUUAAAUGUAUAUAAAUUGGCAUAUCAUCGCGGAGGGAGAGUAAGAAAUGAAAAAAAAGAAAAAAAAAAGAAAAAGGAAGAACAAAAGAAAAACAAAAGAAGCAAAAGAUAGGGAUAGAGAAGGAAAGAGCAAGAGAGAGAUAGAGAGAGAAAGACAAAACGAUUGGGAAGACUACGGAAACUGCCUUCCCUCCGAUAAAAGAAGAAUGUAUUAAAGAAAAAGACACGUAAACUAUUAUAUCUCACUUCAUCAAUGAAAUGCUCUGCUGGUUUGGAGCUGUAGUCAUAUCGUUAGCGAAUAAGUCUGUAUGUGACGAUGUUAAUUACUGUAAUAUAAAGGGACAAGAUUAAAAAUGAAAAACCUAAAAAAAAAAAAUUACCAAAAAAAAAAAAAAUAAAACCAAACCAUGAAUACUACGUAGGAGCAUCUUAUAUGAAAAAAAUUAAAAAAAAGAUAACGAUAUACUGUUUGUCUAGUAUUACUGGGCAUGCUUUAAAUCGAAUUGUUUUUAAUCAAACCGAGAAUCUGUUUCCAACCCUCUUCGGUGAGCUCUUAUAAUACGAGAGACUUACUCUCUCCGUUUGUGUUUUUUUGUAAAAAGGGAGAAUCGCUUUUACCCGCGGGAGAAGGAAAGGAAGGUCAUAGCAAAAAGAAAAAAAAAACACACAUGGAAAAGGAAUGAGAUAACGUUUGCGGACGGGGGGGGGGGGUUGAAAGAAAAGACAGAAACGAAUAUCAGAUAAAAUUUGAUGAAAAGCAAUCGCACCUCGAUCGAUCGAAUUUAAAAUUAUUAUUUUCUCUCACACCUCUGCGCAGUGUUUUGGGCUCUUCCGUCCAAUACGCGAUGUAUCAUUGUCAUUUUUUUAUUUAAUUUUUGCAAUCUACGUACAAUAAAAUUGUUAUUGCUGAAAUGAUAAGUGUAAAUGUGUAUACUGUACAUUCAACCUUCGUUUUAAAAUCAUUAUUAAGGUCUCGCUGGACCAGGAUUCCUGCCGUCCUGGCGCGUGUUGUAAUUGUAUAUGUACAUAUACAUGCGUAUUUUUUAAUAUCAGACGAUACUUUACUCGAUAAUUAGGGUCGCUUAUUAGAGUAUAUAAGUAUAAAAAGAAAAAAAAAAAAAAGAAAAAAAAGAAAAAAAAAAUUUGAGAGCGGCAUUCCCGACGCCGAUGUCUGCGAUGAACGAUCUCUGAAAGGAAUAAAGCACUUUCACGUAGUAACGUCUUUAAAUUUGCUAACUCCGCCAAUCUUAUCCUCUUAUAUUUCCUUUCUUGUCCUGUUCACUAGUAAAUAAUUUCGAUUAAAUGAUCAUAUAAUUUUUUUUCUCUCUUUCCACACAUUUAUAUACAUAUAAUAAAUUUAUAUUUAUUCCAUUUCUUGGGCAUAAUGAAAAAUAUAUAUGAAACAUUUAAUAACGAUACGACAAAAGUCAUAAACAGUGUGUAUACAUUAAUUUAUUGUUAGUAAUAAUAUUAACAAUUGUCAAGUACAUUAAUAAUUUCACAGAUUCGCCUAUAUCAUUUUAUAUUAUAUAUCUAUUUGCUUAAAUAAUUUUCAUAGAUUUAAAAAUAUCUUAAGACGUUAUAAAAGAAAGCUACAUUGUCGACCAGAUUAUUACUUAUCAGCUGUUAGUACUAUUCCAAUUGAAUUGUUUGGAAACUUUUGGAAAUCAUAAAAAGAAUAUUGCUGAUAAGAUUACUAAUCGUAUGGACAAUAAUCAUUUCGACGUUUAAUGCGGUAAUAACUUUAAUAUAAGUAGACCAUUCAUUCAAAUUACAAAUGCGAUUGGAUCUUAGGAACUUAAAAUAAUCCAAAAACCAAUAUAAACAGUAACGAAUUCAAACAUUUUCUAAACUAUAAUUAAAUUAAUACAAUUUAAUUAAAUUAUUAUAACAUUAUAAAAUUUCAAAUUACUGUUGAUAAUAGUAUCUAGAAUUUUUGCAAUGAACAUCGUAUAAUUAUCAAGAACAUAUUCUUGUAAUAGUUAAUAACAUUAACAAAAGAAAUAUCUUAAAUAUAUGUAUUCAGAAUAUAAAAUAACAUUUUGAUUUUGCAGAUCAGUAUUGCCAGGCACUAUAAUGUUUUCGCAACCACAGGAGUUCCCCUUGGGAACAAUUUAAAACCGAUUCCUCGUUGCGAUAUCAGAAAGUUAGGUGAAAUCGUGUUAAGUGGUUUUAAUUACUUAGGGAACUUAGACAGCGCUCAGCGGAAGUUUCAACGUCACUCAAUGAGGGUGGAUGCGCUAUUGCAGGAUGCAGAACACUGUUAUCGCUGUUGUUGAAGCUUCGACUCUGUUUUUAAGCUACUAUCAACUUUGCUUCGUGGCUAACCAAUUAUAUUUUUAUUUCAUUGAAAAAUUCAAACAACGUCAAAAGUACUUCUUCGUUAAUAAUUCAAAGUAAUAAUUGGUCUUUUAUUUCUAUUCAUUUAUUCACGAUGAAUUAUAUUCUAUCGCUUGAAGAUUAACGAAUAUGUUCGACUAAACUUAGUAUUGAUUUUUUCAAAAGUAAUAUGAGCGUAGAAAACGUGAAAUAUUGAUAUAGAGAUUAUUUGAAGAUCAUAGGCCUAUUUGAUCCAUGGAUAAAGUAAAUUUUGUCCAUGAAUAUAUAUACAUAUAUAUAUAUAUAUAUAAUUAUUAAAAUAUGAUAUAAAUAUAAAAAAUAUGAGUGCAUAUGAUAUGCGUAUAAUAUCUGGACUUAAACUUAAUAAUAAUGGACGUAAACUUAAAUGGUAAAGAAAUUUUCGACCAAUAAGAACGUAGUUAAUCUUACUCACUCUUUUGCACUCUUUUCUUUGGUUUCCUUAAUGUACUAUUACUUUCGUUAUAUUAGCACUCUUUAAAUUUGGUUGUACCACGUUGUUAUCCUACGACAUUUUCUUUACGAAUGAAUCUUUGUAUUAUGGAUGUUAUAAUUUAUAACCUAGAAACUUUAGGUUAUACUAGAGCGUAGUAAGGAUAAACAUAUAACAAUAAUUUUUCCUUGCCUUAUUUGUCCUCUAAGGACAAUGAACUAAUCUUACUACGAUAAUAUAUUCAGCAUUAUUAUUUAGGUUUUUUUUUUUUUUUUUUAUAAGUAAAGCGUUAUACUCGACAGCCAAGUUACAAUAGUUACCGACAUGAGGGCGUUGCGAUUUCUUUCGAUGGUAGUGGCAACAUUGCAUGAUGGUAAUUAAUAUAACUGAUUCCUUCUUGAUUUCCAGUCAAAUAAUAAAAUUUUAGAUACAAGUGUUUUAUUAGAAGUUUCUAUGUGAUAAAGAUACAGUGAGACUAUAAUGUCAAAUAGAAUAAUUGAUCUCUGAAAGUGAAAUUUUAUUCAAGAUCCUAAUAUGGCUCGAGUUCGUGAAUUCAAAAGAUCAUUGGAUGCUGUAAAUACUAAUAUAGACUUUAAGGACUUAACCAGAUUUAGCACAGAAGGAAACUUGAUAAAACAAGAGCCAUGUGAUAGAAAUGAUGUGGAUUCAUAUGACACUUGUAUGCCAACCAUAAUAGAAUCUGAAGAUAUUAACUCGAUUAAUAUAAUUGAGAAUAAUAUCAGCCCGAAAGAAAAUAUUUGUAGUCAGACUGAGAGCCUCUGUAAUAUAACCACUAAUCAAAUCCAAAAGAAGUCUUCUUCGAUGGAUCAUGCGGUAACUGGAAAUAUAAAGUGUAUUCAGAAAGAAAAAGAUAUCCUUGUAAUCGAUGAAAAGAAUGAAAACAAGAAGGCAUUAAGAAAAAGUAAUGAUAUUAAAAGGUUCAAUAAAAAACAAGGAAGAGAUAUGCGAAUAACAAAGGAAAAGAAGAAUGCUAUUUAUUGUGAAAUAUGUUCUUUAUCUUAUGAGAAUUUGAAUCAGCUAAAACGUCAUAAAAAUUUUUAUGCCAAACAAAAUAAUUAUUUUUGUUCUAAUUGCCUCUCAAAUUCUUGCUCUCAUAUUAGGUUAAAGAUUGAUGAAAACGUGCAAAAAUCUUCUAAAUAUUGUUGUCAUUUUUGCAAACGAAUGUUUCAAAGGAAAAUAAGUUUGCAAAGUCAUUUAUUUCACCUUCAUGGAAAGGAAAUAAGAGUAAAUGUCGAAGACGAUUCAUUUUCAAUAAAUAAUUCAACUGUUUCAUAUUCUGGUACGUCAAAGAAGAAGAAAAUGCGACAGAAGACAAUGGUGGAAUACAUUAUACGUCAUAAUAAAGAAGAUGCAAAGAAAUCAUCAGAAAAUUUAAACAGCUCGAACGUUAAUAACGUUUUAACUAUAAUUAAACAAGAGAAUGAAUGGAUGGAUGAUGAAGCGGGCAAAUCGUCGACGGAUAAAAUAGUUGCCAGUGUACCUCGGACAAGUCAAAAGUCAAAUGAUAAUAGAUUACAAAAACAGCCAUUUGUUAAGAUACACGUCGAUUCUAACAUGAUGAAAACUCUUUUAGGAAUUUCUUGUCUAUCUAAUGACGACGACGACGACGACGACUACCUUGAAAAAUCUUUUCUAUAUAAUAGUAAUCGUAAUAGUAAUAAACAUACUGAUAAUAGUAAUAAUAUUAAUGGUAAGCGUUACGCAUUGCGAUCUUUAAAUAAUUCUAUAGAAGUAAAUAAUAGUGAGCCAUCCACGAUCGUACGUAAAAAUGAUCAAAGCGGUAAUAAAGUAAGAGAACUUUUAACUAUGUGUAAGAAAUGUACCAUUUCGUUGAUAAGAUGCGAUGAUAAAUUGACCACAAGAUCGACUUGGGAUUCUUCAAAAUUUGUUACGUCGUCUUCUCAGGUUUUACAACCGGUUAAUCGUAUAUUUCGUAAACGUAGAUUCUCACAACGGAAAAGUAAUAGUAACGAGUCACCUUCUAAAAAUUCUUUUUCACGAAAUAAUAAUUCUAAAGAUUUUAUCAAAAAUGAUUCUUCCGUAAGAUCUCCGCCUGUAAAAAUUAGAAAACGAAUUACUAAUAGUAAAUCAAGCUCAUCUAUCACGUUAAAUGCGAAGCGUUCUAGGAAAUUUAGAUCGAGGCGCAAGAAGCGUUCUGGUCGACGUCGAACGUUACUGAAAAAAGUCAAACUUGAUCUAAGAAAGAACGAAUCUUUAGAGAAAGGAAAUCAUACGAAUUCAAAAAAUUCAUCGCCUCAGAAGGAAUCGUAUUCUAAAGAAAUUGAAAAUAAACAAUCUGCGAAUGCUAUUGUUGAAUUGAAGGAAGUAAAAGUGUCUUUGAUAAAGUUGCCAGAGAUAAAAAAGGAAUUGAUUGUUUCGGGAAUUAAUGAAAAUGCAACGGCCAAUGCCAGCUAUAAAACUUUCUCUUGUACAAUUUGUGAUAUGUUAUUGAACACAGAGAGACAUUUGAAGAAGCACAUGAAGAAAUAUCAUACGGCGUACAUGUCAAGCAUAUGCCGAGCACGAUAUGCCUCGAAACGUCUUUUAUUGAAACAUUAUUUACGAGAACACGACAUGUGGGUAUGCAAAUGUUGCGUUUGUUAUCAAUUCUUCAGUAGUCGAUUGUCAUUGAAACAACAUUUGCUUCUACAUUGUAUCAGAAUAACGUUAUCGAAAAACGAUCGUCCUCUUUCGAGUAAAAACAUGAAAUGUCAUUCCAAUGUAAAAAGAUACAAGUGCAAGAGAACUGCGUUAAAAAUCUUAUUGCGGUCACAAUCAACGGAACAUCAAAACGAUCGAAACGAAAGAAAAAUGGAAUAUCAAGAGAUCGAUGAUAAUAAUCGGAAAAAGCCAAAGGAAUAUUUACACGUAAGUAGCAUUGAGAAUCUGACAAAUCGAGUUAACGAAAGCAAAGAGAAUAAUGUCGGUGUACUUGGAGAGGUAAAUGAUCGGCAACCAGAUCAGGCAGUCUCUGUUGAAUUAACGAAACCAUUCGAAAGUAAUAAUACCGAAGUUUCUCAUUCUAGAAAUAAUGACUCGAUAGAAGAACCAAUACCGGAUACUCCGUCCGCUGCCGGCGAAUCUACCAUUUGUAACGAGGAUCGGCAAAUUGAUCUGAUAUUGCAUACAAAUGUGAUACAACCGGAUGAUAAUUAUAAUAAUGAGAUAACUAAAUCGGGAAUAGAUGCUACAGUGAAUAAGCAGAAAUAUCCAUGUUCGAUUUGUGGGACGCAAUUUCAAAAGCCAGAAAAUUUGUUCCAACAUAUACGUACCUAUGAUCACUCCUUCAAUAAUUUCUGUGAAAUAUGUGGAUUAUUCUUUUCAAAGAAGAAAAUAUUGAAGACACACAAUAAUACUACUCACAAUUCUGCCAUCUGUAGUUUAUACACGUUGCAUUGUCAAUUCUGUAAUCAAGGCUUUCGUACUGAAAACAAUCUUCGUAUACACGAAUUGCAUUAUCAUGCAAGUACAAUAACAAUAAACAAUAUAAGAGUGACGGAAUUUUUGAAAGUUUCCAACGGUGGAAUUAAUUCAUCUUUACCAAUGCUCUGCAAUAUUUGCGGACUAUCUUUUAAUACCUUUGAACGUUAUCAGUUACAUUCUAUGUAUUAUUAUAAAGGUCAUAUAUUCCCAUGUACAUUUUGUGGUAAUAUAUUCCACGGAUUGAACAUGGUACACCGCCAUAACAAACUGUUCCAUUAUCCUAGAAAUAAUUCAACGUCUUACAAAUAUAAAUGUUCGAUUUGUUACGAAGGUUUUGCUAUUGAAUCAUAUUUUCAUGCACAUAAGUUGCACGUACAUUCGAAUAAAGAACAUAUAGAAUCGCCGAUUUCAAAUCUCGCAUUGAACUCUAUGCAUUAUAAUAAAAUGAAUAAGUCUUACAUAUGUUCCAAAUGUAAUAUCGAAUUCUACAGCAUAGCGGAACUUAUGAUACACGUUGAAUAUUAUUCCAAUCGUGGCAAUUAUUUGUGCUUGAAAUGUCCCAGAAAAUGUUGUACGUUGUCAAUAUUAAGCGAACACAUUGAUCUAACUCAUAACGAUAAUAAAUUGAUGAUCGGACACAAGUGUGGUAUUUGUGGCGAAAUUUUAAUGUCUGAUAUUUCGUUCUUAUAUCAUCAAAAUCACCUUCAUAGUGACGUGGAAGAGCGACAAGUCGUUUCCUUUUCCUAUAAAUAUUCUAAUACGGACUUAAAUAUUAAUAAUAUCGUUGAUAACGAUAAGUUAAUGGUUGUUGAUAAAGAACCAGUAGUAAUUGUACACGGUCCUACUUCCUCUUUUGUUAGUUUGGAAAAAUGUAAUAUCUCAUGUCCAAUAUGUGCUGUCAAAUUUGAAAAAGAAGUACAUUUAAAGAAACAUUUAGCCGAAUAUUUAGAUUUUGGGGAUUAUCAAUGUAACGAGUGUCAAAGACAUUUCGUUAAUUCUGACCUUUUAAAGAAGCACAUAGAAAAUCAUUUGGCACCGGGCAUGCCUCUUACGAAAUAUUAUUGUACCGUAUGUAACGAAAAUUGUAAAACUUCUACCGUUCUAGAAUCUCAUGUUGCUCAUUUACAUGCCCGUGUUAUAUUUAAAGAUGUUUCCUCAAAGUCAGUUUAACAUAUGUGUUUUACAAAAUGAUAAUAUAUAAUUUCUAAUAACUCCAAUAAAAUUAAGAACUUAAAUGUGAAUGUUUCAACCAAGAAUUUAUUAUUUUCUCUUAUUUUUAUUAUUAGCAAGAAUUUAUUAUUUUCUUUUAUUUUUAUCGUUCUUCUUCGUUUCCAUGUAAACGUCGUUGCCUUAAAAAUAUUCCUCAUAAUGUAUUUUUACUUAUAUUUAAAUGAUGUUCCAUUAAAUAUACUUACUUUUUUCAAAUUACUUCGUAAUCUAUAUUGUUAUAUAUUCGUUACGUGUAUUUUGUCAUUUUAUAUUUAAAUUAGGUAAUAUAAUUGAAGUUUUUUUUUUCUUUUUUCUUUUUUCUUUUUUAUAUCGAAAUGUGUCUGUCAAAUAAAUAAAUGUAUUUUACUCGAUGCUCAGUUAUAUGUGUAAGAUGUAAAUUUUGUCUGCUUAGAAAGUACGUAUUAUUAAUAUUUUAUAAAUAUUACUAUUUAAUAUGAAAAGGAAAGAAAAAGGAAAAAAAAAAAAUAGCUAAAGGAAAGAAUAAUAAUGACAUAUAAAUUUGUCAUAAAUCUUUUGUCACCAAAAAUAUUUUUUAAAUAUCCGUUUAUUCGUUAUUUUUUAUUAAAAAUUUUUAGACAUUGAAAACUCAGUAUUGCGAGCUUUAUCAAGUAGUAUUAAUUAUCAGUGGUAAACAUAUUUUGCGUAGGCAUUUAUCAAGAAAUUCAAAGAAUUCACGAUGGUAAUGAAAAAUCAUGGCAAUACUUAAAAAAUCUGCUAUUACUACAGAUUGAACGAAACAAUAUAUUAAAAGAAAUUUAGCGUUAAUAGAUCAUCUUGCUUAUUCAAUAAUAAUGAAUCGUUUGAAAACUUUGAAUUUUCUUUCAAUAUUUUUAUUUUUAUAUCCGACGUUAUCGAAUAUCACAGAUCCAUCUGAGAGCUUUAAAAAUUUAUACUCCAGCGACAUGAAAAUACGUACAUAAGUAUAUCAACAUUAAUUUAUAAUAGUUCCUUUUUAUUUUGUUGUAAUUGUAAUGGGAAAAAAAGUAACGUUUGUAUUUAGAUGUCGGCGAAUUAGAUAUAUCCAAAUAUUCGAUUGUGAUAAGUAGUCCUAAUAAUUAGCUAUUAUAUAUUAUAUUUUAAAUUAAUUCACGAGAUUAAUAGAUAUAGAAGACGAAUGAUCAAAUUGAAUUGACAAAAUCUAUCGGAUGGAAAUUGAAUGCAGUGGACAAUAACAAUGAACUAUUCCCUUGAAAGAAAUCAAGAAAAAAGGAUCAGCGUAUCGAACGAAUGAUGAAAAAUAUUUCUGGAAUAAGAAGAAGUUCAUCUCCUAGCUAUCUUUACUUUGGACGAUGGAGUCUUAAUUCUUGUCCUAAAGUACUCUCUAAUGCCUGGCAGCCAUGGAAUUUGCGACGUAUACGCGAGACGUUACAUUGAUUGCGCCCCGAAGCAAAUCGUAUUCGCAGCUUUGCCGAUUCCACCGAUCUGUCGAACAAUGAACAGCGAUGUUGAAAUUGAUGACGUGCGAGUUUGAAUGGAGAACAAACUGAUCAACUCCGUCAAUGACUUCCCAUUUGCUCUGUCAAAGAACAUUCUGCGCAGAAUUAAUCUGUUUCUAAUCGGUCUAACUUAGUCUUCAAGAUUCAUCUAUCCGUUUAAUCUACGAUGUGUAUUAGAAAAGCGAUCGUAUUAUAACAAUUUUGUUUUCUCUGUAUUAUCAUAAGUAUUAUGAAUUAUAUGUCAGUUAUAUAAACAUUACAUUAUAGAGUAUAGAAGAAUAUUCAUGAUGUACUUUAACGCCCGCGCUAUAUGAAUAGAAAGUAAGACGACUGAAUUAAUUUUAUAAAAACUGAUGUUUCAUAGAAAAAAAAGGGGGAAAAAAAACGAAAGAAAGAAAAAAAAAAAAAAAAAAAAAAAGAAAAAACAAUUAAUCUCUGACACUUCCGUGGAAAUUAUUUAUAUCAGCCAAUAAUUUCACCGUUUCAGCCGCUAGAUAAUUUCUGUAAAUUUAUCUAUUAUAUCAUAAUAUCAUCUAUAUUAUUGGAUCUUUACGUUACAACUUUUUCCUAAUGUAUCGGUUGGAAAUAUUCCUUUUUCUUUUUUUCUUCCUACGAGGAACACGCGCAUCGAAUGAGACAACUGUUACAUUAACGGAAUAGCAAUGUGUUGUAACUUUUGAGCUAGAAGAUUUCUCAAGCAUACUGGAAACUACUUUUCCGUCAUUUUAUUCCUUUUUUGCGCCAACCAUAUUUUCGGGCAACACUCGAGUUUAUACUUCACAUUACGCAGCCCUUGGCUUUAUUGAGGUGCAAAACAGGUAACCGAGAGAAAUCACGAUUCAUGGCACCCUCUCAACCUUCUUUUUUUUUCUUCUUUAUCCUUUCUCCUUUACGUUCUUCGUCUCUUUCCUCCUUAACUCCUUUCAACCCCUUGCCCCCGUCUAUUUCCUCUUCCAUGCCAACCCUAUCCAACUUGAGUUACUCACUCACUCACUCCUACGAUUUACCCUUCUGAAAACGGUUGUUCCUACAGCGAAUCUCCCUCUAUCACAUUCCGAUAAGAGCACCACAUCUGGAAUAGCGAGAUUUUUUUUGUCACCCGUUUAUCUCAUCUUCGAGACGUCGUUAGUUCUUUCGUGAAAAGAGAAGAUGGAUGAUACGUACAAAGGGCCACAUCGUUCAAAAACCAGUUUCAACGAGUUUAACCUUCGUCUAGAGUCUUUCAACACCUUCGAAGAUUCCCUCGAUCUUCUAUUACGCGAUUGACUUUAAGACGAAUUAUUUUGCGAUUUAAUCAUUAUGCAAUCGAGACUUAAAUACAAAGAAUAAUAUAGUUGAAAAUA